AUUCCACCCUCCAUUUACACCGCUUUAGUGUAGCUCGAAAACAUAAUACCCCAUAGAGUAUUCUUUGCUAGCAUUCGUUUUGCUGAUUUACAUUGCUCGCCUAAGGUUGCCAGUGUAGAAGGAAAGCGAGGAUGCUGCUUUCUAUCUUCAAGGGGUCAUUGGUGGCUGCCAUGAUUUUUACUUGUCUUGGCCAGCCAGAUCCAUGUGAAGUCCCCUUAGUUACAGACAGUGGACAAAAGGACAACUUUACCGUGGUAGAUCUAGCCCGAGAGCUCUAUGCCUGUACUAUGAUCAAGAUGAUAGAUCGUGCUGGACUUGGACCCAUGUUCCGUGAAAAAGGCCCUUUCACCCUCUUCGCGCCUUACGACCUUGCAUUCGGCUUCCUGCCUGAUGACAUCUGGAACAAGCUCAUGUCCAAUAACACUUAUCUCCGCGAGCUCCUCCUCUUCCACACCGUACCCCGUCUCGUUGGAAGCAUCGACGACGUAUACAACGACGAACUCAUCGAGACAAUGCUUCCCGACAAGAACAUCCGACUCAAUAUCUACCAGAUUGGCAAGAUGAUGGUUGGUGGGCGUGGCGCAGCUGAGCAAGCGAAGGGGGUAAUCGGUAGGAUAACAGCGUGUGGUGGACCCGUGAUAGACGGUGGAAACGCAACCAAUGGUGAGGUUCGCAUAAUUUCUAAUGUGAUGCAUCCAGUUCCACCAGGUGAUAUAAUGGAAGUCGUUAACAAUGAUAAGCAAUUCACCAAGCUUAAGAAAUUGAUUUAUCUGGCAAAACUACAAGAUUACCUGAAAGAGGGUCCAUUCACGUUUUUCAUUCCAAAUAACGAUGGCAUCGACAAGCUGUCACGUGACGAGUUGAAGAAACUUGAGCACAACACAACAUUACUACGUGAAGUAUUACUCUACCACCUCUUAGAUUGGACUCUCUAUGCAUCUGGGAGCUAUGAUGGAGAAGUGUUUGCCACCAUACAGGGAGAAUCAAUCAAUCUAACUGUAUGGUAUGAUACUCUUUGGGUAAAUGGACACACCAACGCCAGAGUGGUCUAUCAGGACUACAACAUCUACAAUGGUGUAUUGCAUAUCAUUGACAAGGUGCUCAUCCCACCUAUCAUUUGGAGGAAGUACACCUGAGAAACUGUUAUGAGAUAGAUGAAAGAUUCGUUCAUAUUAGAUAUCUCACUAGAAUAGGAUCCAAGUUUGUAUAUUGUAUCUCCCAACUCAAAGCAGAAUCAGCAUUUAAAAUCUCCUGGGAACACAGAAAUCUCCAGACUACCUCUUGCACAAAAUUUGACUGUGAAGAUGUAAAUAACACGUUGAAUAUUCCCCUACUUCAGUCCCAAAAAUAUCCUGCAACUCACUUAAUCAAAUAUUUGACUUACACCAAAGGUUGACUUGUGUACUCUCCUGUAUUUUUAUCAAAAAUCACAUAAAGGUUAAUUUGGAAGAUUUUUUUGGGAAUACUAAUAUCUCUCCAGUUCCUAUUCAAAAACAUUGUUUUAGACUGAGCAUGAGGUGUAAAUACCAUGUUGGGUAAAUGUUUCAAUAAAAAACAAAACAUGGAAUAUGAAAGAUAACUGGUUGAAACUGAAUGAUUUCCCAAAAGUUUUAGAUUAAAAAAUACCCUUUUUUUCAUUUAAUUUUAUUGGUGAACUUAUCUCUUCUUAUUCUCUCUCAUUUUUAUUUAAAAUUUGUGUGACACUUUGAUAUCUCAGCACAGUAUAUAGUGAUACAGUAAAAAAAACUGAAAAAAUGUGAACAGUAAAUUGUCAAAAUCAAUAGGCAAAUCAUCCUAGAUAGCACCAUAAAAGUGCAUUAGGAUAGACAGAGAUAGUUUUCACUAUCACUUUGUUACAGGCAAUUAUGUUUUUCAAUUCAUUACAGAAUUAAAAGUUUUAUAUAUACAUUAUAUAUAUAUAUAUAUAUAUAUAUAUAUAUACUAAAUGCUUUUCCAAUUAAGUUCUUUUCUUGGAAUGAUUGUUUUCUUGUAGUCAAAAUAAGAUUAGAUGCGGAUCCAAUGGGCAUAUUCACAGGCACAUGGUUUUGCAUAGGAUACUUAUGUCACAAAUGGCAAAAUCACAAUUUGCAUCUAUGGUGUUGAAAGGUCUAGAAAGAUACCAAAUUCAUGAUUUCAAUAAUCAUGGAAUAUUUAGUUCGAACAAUUCAAUUAUUAUUGUGCAUGCAAAAUUUGUGCCUAGGUUGUUUGGAAAAUCAUAUGCUUUCAAGAAAUUUAAUUUUACUCUUUAAAUUUUAAUACGCAAAACAAAAACACUUGCUUCACUUGCAAAUCCCAACACAAAAUUGACAAACUGUGGAGUAUAAAAUGCAAAUGACUGAUUUUGACAUAUUCUUUCACUCUCAAUUUUCACAAUGAACUCUCAUUCCUGAGAAAACUCACCUUUAAUAUACAGCCCACACAUAAAGACCAUUGAUUUUAACUGUAAUACACACUAAAUGAGACACAUGCUUGACCAUACGUUUGCAUUUUGUAAGCCUUGUUUAUUGAAUUUGCUGAUCUCAUAUCACAGUCCUGGUGGUGUUGGGAUUUUCUUAAUU